AUGCCACGCAAGAUUCCCAAAGGAGAGAACCCCAUUGAACUUCUCAUUGAUGUCAUCCAAGAGUAUGAUCAAUCUGACUUUGGAGUUGAGGCUCUUGCUGAGUUCGCUCGCACGGGGCUUAAGCCCCCUCCUUUGUCCACUCACGGCCACCACGAACACUCGCCGUUGCCUGCACCUUCCUCGCACCGGAGUCACAUAUUUGAGGGAAAAUCUCAGGACUUCUCUCACUCCCCGCAACUCAGUAGAAGGGUCGUUGAUGAGUUUGAUCACAGUCUCAGGAGUCCGUAUAACAACAUUUCCACGUCAUGGAGCGCUGGUCACAGUGCAGCCUUUCUGAAAUUCACACCUUCAAAACUUAAGAAUGAUCAAAAGCCGCGGAAUAACGCAAGAAAUGCUUCACCUAUGUACUACACAUACUCGAGUGAAAUCCUUCAAGCCACUCCAACACCGCAUAGCAGUGACUACACAGUGAAUGAGAAGGACUACCUGACUCCCUCAAAUGGGAUACAAGAACACCUUGGUCCAAAGUUUGCAAAUUCUUACCUAACAGAGAUUUGGACGCUGAUGCGGCGGAACUUCAUAAUCAUCAGGCGCACCCCAGAGCUUUUCCUCUCAAGACUCAUGGUGCUCACCUUCAUGGGCGUCAUGAUGGCCACCAUGUUCCACAACCCUAAAGAAGACUUGCAAGGAAUCACAAACCGCCUCAGCUUCUUCAUCUUCACAGUGUGCCUCUUUUUCUUCUCUUCCAACGAUGCUGUCCCAGCCUUCAUCCAAGAAAGGUUCAUCUUCAUUAGGGAAACUUCUCACAAUGCCUAUAGGGCUUCCACUUACAUAUAUAUUAGAUAA